AUGACCUUUUGGCGAAUAGACAUUCUCGGCUUGGUUGCCUCAGUGAUUUUGUUCAACAAUAUCAUCGUAAGAACUUCCCCACCACUUUUCGUAAGGAAACUCCAUUCCUUAUUAGUAUUUGGUCUCAUUUUCUGGACUGAACCACCAAAGUCGACAAGCUCUGUUGUUAUUGAUCAUUUCAAUUACUCCAAUUUGAUAGAGGAGGUUAUAUGCAACGAAAAUUUCCAAGGCUCUAUGGCAGCCGUCCAAUUGAGACACCUUAUCGAGGAUUAG